UGACAUCAUCGCGUUCUUAAUUGCAAAAGAGUCAAAGAUCGUGUACUAAACUUUGCUUCUUCUUUUUUGGGAUGGAUCCAAAUCAAAAGCUUCAUCUUCAAAUUUAGAACUCAGGAGAUUUGAUCCCUGUUCCAGAGAGAGAAUCAUGGCGCUGAAGGUAUAUGCCGAUCGAAUAUCCCCACCAUCUCGUGCAAUUCUCAUCUUCUGCAAGGUAAAUGGGAUAGAUUUCGAGGAAAUCCAAGUAGAGAUCUUGAAAAACCAGCAAUACUCCCCUGAAUAUAAGGCAAUAAACCCAUUGCAUCAAGUUCCAGCAAUAGCUGAUGGACGGUUUAAGCUCUUCGAGAGUCAUGCAAUCCUUAUCUACCUCUCUUGUGCAUUUCCUGGAGUGGCUAAUCACUGGUAUCCUGGUGAUUUAUUCAAAAGGGCUAAGAUCCAUUCCAUCUUAGACUGGCAUCAUUCCAAUUUACGUCGUGGUUCAGCUGGACUUAGUUUCAAUACCAUUGUGGCACCACUAAAAGGCCUUCCUUCAUACGCUCAAGUUACCAAGGAAUCUGAGCAGGUACUUGUAAGAUCUUUGUCUAAAUUAGAAUUGUUUUGGCUAAAAGAUGGACGAUUUUUGCUUGGAAGCUCUCAACCAUCGAUAGCAGAUCUCAGUUUAGUAUGUGAAAUCAUGGAACUUGAGCUUCAGAGUGAGGAGGACGGCCAUCGGAUAUUAGGUCCUUACAAGAAAGUUCUUCAAUGGAUGGAAGAUACAAAGAGUGCAACUGCACCUCAUUUUGAUGAAGUUCACGGGGUCCUUUUUAAAUCCCAGAAAGGAAUUCGAGAGUGGAUGGCAACACAAUCUGGGAAAACCGAAUUGAAGUCAAAGAUGUGAGAUCACACAGCGAGUUCCCUAUUGGUAUCACUAUCAUUUAAUUAUCUCGGUUCAAGGCUAAAUUCGGUUUUAUUUUUUUAUAAUUCAGCACAUAAUGUUCCAUACGAUCUCUAUUGACUUGCGAUAAACCACUUUCAAGAUUAUGCAAUCAUCGUUGCAUUUUAAUUAACUUAUUUCAUA